AGUGGAAUUUCUGAAGGAACAGAGCAUCAGUCAUCUAGAGUCAUUAACAUACAAGUCGCACAGGAUCGGCUGGCCAGUACUGAGCUUGCACGCAUAGCAGGAGAAUUUGAUGAAGAGGGAAGCCAGACAGAGGGACCCGGGAGCAAGGGAGGGAGACGACUUGCUGGCCAUGAUGGAUGAGCUCUGAAGGGCAGUCGCUGAAGGCUAUGAGUCAGGAUGCAUGAGAGGUGAACAUGGAAGUGAGCCAUUCGAUUCGUGAACGCACCAUCGCCGAGAACAGCCUGGUGAUUCUCCUGCAGGGUCUGCAAGGCCAGGUGACCACCGUUGACCUGCGAGACGAGAGCACAGCCAGGGGACGCGUUAUUAAUGUGGACGCUUUCAUGAACAUCCGGCUGGAGAAGGUUCUGUACAGGGACAGGCGUGGACAUAUGUCCAGUAUGGAUGACCUGUUUGUCACUGGCCGAAACGUGCGCUAUGUCCACAUCCCAGACCACAUGAACAUUCAAGAGACAAUAGAGUCCCAGCUCGCCAAAAUACACCGCGUGCGAAACUUUGGAGCAGGUGGUGGACGGAAAGAAUACUCGAAGAAAAAAUAGUUUAUGUGUGAGAUUUAU